UGUGAUUACAAUGAACUACAGUAGGAAGUUCAAAGACAGACUGAAGCUGGAUACUCAGACUGGAUCUCUCACCAUCAGAAACCUCACCAUCAACGACUCUGGACUUUAUAAAAUAGUUAUCAUCGAUACACAGAGUUCAUCUAAGCUUGCAAAUCUAACUGUCUAUGCCUCAGUGUCUGCUCCUCACAUCAGUCACUCAGUGGACAGUCCAUUUAAAAACGUGAGCUGUUCCUUGGUGUGCACUGUGAAGAACGGGAGAGAGGUAAUCUUGUCCUGGUACAGAGGAGAGGAGAUAUUCAACCAGACCAGCAGCCCUGAUCUUCUCGCCAAUCUCUCUCUCCCUCUGGAGAUUAAAAAAAUAAACGCUGACACCUACAGAUGUGAGGCUUCCAACCCUGCUGACUCAAAACCAACUCCACUCAACUUUCAAACACUCUGCCCUCAUUUGUCCUCACGCUCUGCCAUCAAAGAGUCUGGCCCCAUCGCACUGGUCACAUUGUUAGCAGUUGGGAUAAUAAGUGGUGGUAUAUACUGGGCAGUUAAAAUAAGAACAUGUGGAGCCUGCAAGCAAAGUGAAGAAGACCAACAUUAUGCUGAUGUGAACUUUCAGAGAUUGGUUGGGGAUAUACCGGUAUCUGGCACCGGAGGAGUCUGUUCACCAGAGGAGUCUGUUUUGUACGCAGAUGUCAGAAUCUCACCUUCUGUUCAGACAGGACUGGAUUCAAUCACUCCUCUCUCAAAGCUGUGACCUUGGCGUGGUUUAGAGGCUUGUGUGUCUCAAUGACCCUGAGAGCUACGCCGGAGGGGGCUUUGGCCCCUGGUAGGUUUGGCCAUUCCGGAUUGGUCUCCGGUGAGGGGCCAGACCAACGACAGCAUUGGUCCUACYUGUUUCACGUUGYCAUGGUGCUAUAGGUAUGCAACUAUACCACUCUGACAAUGUUACAUGCUGUGUGUACAGUUGAAGUCGGAAGUUUACAUACACUUACGUUGUAGUCAUUAAAACCCAUUUU